CUGUUUAUCAUUAGUCUGUUGGUGACUACGGUGUGUGGUGACCGCUAAAGGCUUAUACCAUUACCAUAGGCUUUACCGACCACUUUGUAUAGAAGCACGGUCAACAAGAAAACAAAAUGGAACAGCCAGACGAGAAGCCUCCUAAGCCUGAAAACGAGGCGUUCAGCGACAACAGUCUGAACUGCAUCGCCAAGGAAUGCGGCGGCAUCCAUAUCAUGAUGCAGUUGGCCAUGUACCUCAACAUUCCAAACACGACUAUCGUCAAGUGUAAAAUAGAAAAGGAGGAUAAGGGACAAUCUGAUAAGGACCUCGGUGCUGCCCUGUUCAAGUGUUGGAAGGAAAUGAAGUGCGGGAAGGAGGUAAAAGAGAAAAACAAGGCCCACGAGAUAGAGAGGGCAUUGCAGUCUAUCGGUCGGCAGGACAUGGCGGAUGCUUUUAUGGAAUGUUAUAGAAACCACCAGGAACUGACGCCGGCAGCGAUGCAGUAGGCUUGCUACUGCAUCUUUUGAGACUAUUGAUGACUAUUCCAGACAAUAUUUAAAGCGUCUCUUGCAGCACCUCUGUCUACAGGGAGGAUUACAAGGCAAACUAACAAUAACGCUUGGCGACAUGACAACUACCCAAGCUGCAUGCGUGAAUACGCCCAGGGCAGACCAUUUUGUCGUCCUGAUCGUCUCAUGCGUUAGUGAUGGCUUGCCCGUAAUAAGUAGAAUGGUCACCUGUUCUUCAGUGGAUUAUGUUUUCAAAAUAGAUCGACCUGUUGGGUUAUUUUUACAUGGAAACUGAUCCUUGGUCGAUUGUGGCCAAACAAGGGGAACGUGCCUUAUAUCAUCACAAUAGAACAAAUGGUACGCCUUCUGAAUAAUGGGUGAUUAAACAUAUUUUGUUACUACUUUAAGAACUGAUUGUUCUGUUGGUAUUUUUCAAUAAAUGAUAUUUAUCAUGUGGAAAA